CCAUGAAAUGGAAUUAAAUAGAAAUGUAACUUUGGAGCAGGAUCUUCACUUAGGACUUGGUCACAGACGAUCCAAAAGAGCCCUUUGGAAUUUGUAUUACGUACUAGACUGUGUCAGUAACUGUGGACCAUUUUCCUACAAUAAUUAUGGUUGUUUUUGUGGAUGGGGUGGUUCUGGAGAAGCUAUCGAUGGCAUCGACCGGUGUUGUCAGUUACACGACGAAUGUUAUGGAACUACUUCUUGUCCACUUGGCAAAGUAUGGAAUUACAAUUGGAGAUGCCAGGGAAAUGAACCAAUUUGUGAUCAUGAUGAAGAGGAUAGAUUUGAAAAACUUUCAUGGGGUCAACAAUUAUGCAGAUGCGAUCGAGACUUUGCUAAGUGUAUCGCAAGAUUUGAUUGUCAAGAUAUUAAGAGAUCUUGUGGUGAUAAUAUAAAGCGUCAAUUUAUUCCUAAACAUAAUAGAACUACGUCUAGUUGUUCAAAGAAUCAUAUUCACUGA